AUGUUACGAAUUGUUUCCACUCGGUCCUAUUUGGGCCAGGUGCAGGUACUCAAACUGCAACCAUAUGUGACCGGUUCGGAAUACCCUGAGGUCCUUGACUGCCACGCGCACAUCGACGACCUUGCCGUGCUUUCUCAAUUGGUCAACUUGGAGGAGCUCGAGAUCAUACGCGUAGUCAUCUACUCUGUUCCCGACUGGCUUGGAAAUUUGUCGCGCCUGAAAGCAGUGUACCUGAGCAAGUUCGUGCCACAUCACGCCCAUCCUUACUUCAACCUGCACCGUCUGGCCCACAUCCAGCAGCUCAAGCUUCGUUUCGUGAACGAGAUUCCCACCGAACUCGCUGCCCUUUCCAAUCUCGAACUCCUCAUGAUGGACGCCUGGCGCUCCGAGCUGGACUUUGGCUCCCUGAGCACGUGCCCGAAGCUUAAGGUCAUCACGAUCGACAGCAGUAGGAACCUGCAGAGCGGCUACAUGACAAUCAAGGGUUUGGAGAAGGUUCCGAAUCUGGAGGCAUUCCAGUAUUUGCCAGAGCAUUUGAACGGAGACAUCGUGCUGGGAGAGGGCGGCCUGAUCAACUUGAAGAAUUUUGUUGCCACCGCGGGAGCAGGGCGUUUGCUGCUUGAGGGAUCCCCCCAGGCUUUUGAAAGAUUGUGCCACGGGGCAAAGAAGAUCGUAAUCAGCAUGCAUGACAAGAGUGCGACCGAUGAGAAAAUCAAGGUGGGGAUUCAGGGCAUACUCCGAGCGGCGCGAGCCUCGGUGUGA